AUGAAGCAGUCUUCAUCGUUCACUGCCAGACUGCUAUCCAUAGUUUCGCUUGCCUCCCUCACGCAAGCGGAAUUAGGCAAGAUUCAUUGGAAAGGACUCUGUGACCCAACAAAUGCCACUGGGCCGAUGAUCUGUGGAACACUCGACGUGCCAUUGGACUACACGGACUCUGAAUCCAACAAGACUUUGACUCUCGAUAUUGCCAAGUGGCCGGCAACCAAGAAACCAGCCGCAGAACCUGUCUUUUUCAACUUUGGUGGUCCGGGUGUAAGUUCUUUUGAGGGCCUUGGAUUAUAUGGGGAAGAAUUCCAAACAAUACUGGGAGGACAUAAUGAUCUUAUAUCCUUCAACCCUCGGGGCGUCGGAAACACCAUGCCGUUUUCGUGCUAUAGCAAUGAUUCAUCCAGAGAGCUUGCAUCGCUUCAGGCUCCACAGGAUGGCAGAGCGUCUAACACAGCCCGGGCGGAAAUAUGGGCCCAGGGCACAAACUAUGCACAAGCAUGUUAUGCUCAGAAUGGCGAGAAUGGAAGUUUCAUUGGUACUAGCUUUGCCGCGAGGGAUACGAUCCAGGUUCUUGAUGCUCUCAGGGGCAAGGAUGCUUUGCUGAACUACUGGGGAAUCUCCUAUGGGACUACGGUGGGUGCUGUGAUGGCAGCCAUGUUCCCCGAAAGAAUGGGUUAUCUGGCACUUGAUGGUGUUGAUAACCCAACUGAGUACAUGAGCGGAUUUAACGCACAAGCCGUUGUGGAUGUCGACGCGGUCUUGAAAGGCUUCUGCUCGGGCUGCUUUGACGCACCAGAUCUUUGCCCUCUAGCGAAAAUAUACAGCAGUGCUGCCAACCUGGAAGCCGCAAUUUAUGUGAUGCUUGACGAGCUCAAGUUCAAUCCUAUCCCAAUUCCAAGUAUCGGAGGGAUCGUGACUUACAGCGACAUCAAAGCCACCAUCUAUGAGGCGCUAUAUGCUCCCAGCUCCUGGCCCUUGACUUCAGAACUCAUUUAUAAUGUACUGAUCCGUAACGCAACCGUCCUGGGUAGUUCCGAGGUAUACUCGACCAUCAAAUCAUACGGGCUGUCUGCGUCUUUGACUUCAUCUUCCAAGGAAGUAGGGACCGGUAUCAGAUGUUCCGACAGGGCACAAUCGGCCAGCAUGUCUGAUGUGCUACCAUACAGCAAGGCCAGGGCAGCCCUGAGCAGAAUCGCGAGUGACGGUGCUAAUGGCGACAUGAGAUGCGCACAAUGGAAUAAGAAGAUGUACGCCAAGGAACGGUACACUGGCGACUUCGAUAUCAAGACACCCCAUCCUGUGUUGGUGCUAAGCAACACCUACGACCCCUCUACUCCGCUUGCGGCGGCAAAGAACCUGAGCGCUACCAUGGAGGGUAGUGUCUUGCUCGAGCAGAAUGGCUACGGGCAUACUACCUUGUCCGUGCCCUCUCUUUGUACAGCCAAGGUGGUCCGGGCUUUCUUUUCCAAUGGCACAUUGCCUGCGGCAGGGACAAUCUGUGAGGUCGACGUGCCUCUUUUCACGAACCUUACGUAUUCGGAUGUGUGGCCGAAGAAUUUCAAGCGGGGCGUUGAGUCUGGGGAUGAUGCGAGACUUCUCAAGGCUUUGGUGUCGAUCCCUAAGAAGAUGUCUCAACGCAAGCUCUGGUGA